AUGUUAAUCAAGCCCUCGGGGACAUCACCAUUGGUGAUGGUCCUUGGGGCCAUUCUAUUCUUCUCAGCACAGGUCUUUGCUGCUUCGGCCGCAUUGGGUGUUGACCUGGGGACUGAGUAUAUCAAGGCUGCGCUGGUGAAGCCUGGGAAGCCAUUCGACGUCGUCCUAACCAAAGACUCUCGAAGAAAAGAAACCUCCGCCGUUGCUUUCAAACCAUCGCGCGGCGCACCUCAGUCCGGCGAGUACCCCGAAAGACUCUAUGGCUCCGACGCCAUGGCGCUGGCAGCCCGAUUCCCCGGAGACGUUUACCCCAACCUCAAGGCCCUCCUCGGCCUCCCCGUCGACGACGCCCUGGUCCAGGAAUAUGCUGCCCGACACCCCUCCCUCAAGUUUCAAGCCCACCCCUCGCGAGGGACUGCCCAGUUCAAGAGCAGCGCUGUGUCAGCGGAGGAGGAUGCCUGGUUGGUUGAAGAGCUGCUCGCCAUGGAGCUUCAAAGCAUUCAGAAGAAUGCCGAAGCCGCAGCUGGCGAUGGCACCUCGGUGCGCUCCGUUGUCUUGACCAUUCCCCCAUUCUAUACCGCAGAUGAGAGGCGCGCUGUACAGGCUGCUGCCGACCUCGCUGGCCUGAGGGUUCUCGGCACCAUCAGCGAUGGUCUGGCUGUUGGUCUCAACUACGCCACCACCCGCCAGUUCCCCAACAUCAACAAGGGCGGGAAACCCGAAUACCACAUGGUCUUCGACAUGGGUGCGGGCUCUACCAAGGCGACCGUCAUGAGGUUCCAGAGCCGCGAGGUCAAGGACGUUGGAAAGCUCAACAAGACUGUCCAGGAGGUUCAGGUCAUUGGAACCGGUUCCGACCGCACUCUGGGCGGUGAUGCCCUCAACAACCUCAUCAUCGACGACAUGAUUGAGAAGUUUGUCGAGUCCAAGGCGGCACAGAAGGCCUCUGUUACCGCCGAGGGCGUCAGGGCCCACGGACGGGCCAUCGCCAAGCUGACCAAGGAGGCUGAGCGUGUUCGCCAUGUUCUGAGCGCCAACCAAAACACGGCCGCCAGCUUCGAAGGCCUCUAUGACGAUGUGAAUUUCAAGUACAAGAUCGAGCGCGCCGAUUUCGAGGCGUUGGCUAAGGCCCAUGCUGACCGAGUUGCGGUUGCCGUCAACAGCGCCUUGAAACAGGCUAAGCUGGAGAUGGAUGACCUUGAUUCUGUUAUUCUGCACGGCGGUGCUUCUCGUACUCCUUUUGUCCAGAAGGCUCUCGAGAAGGUUGUUGGCUCAGCCGACAAGCUCCGCUCCAAUGUCAACUCUGACGAGGCCGCCGUGUUUGGUGCUGGUUUCCGCGCCGCCGACCUCAGCCCAGGCUUCCGUGUCAAGGAAAUCAGAAUCUCUGAUGGCCCAGGCUACGCAGCUGGUCUGAAGUGGAAGGCAAGCGAGGAGAGGACCCAGCGUCUCUGGACCCCCAUCUCUACCAUCGGUGGCCCCGCCAAGGAGCUCUCCUUCAAUGAGGAGGCUGACUUCAGCGGUACUUUCUACCAGCAGGUUGAUGCUGAGUACAAGGACCUGAAGCGUUUCACCACCAAGAACCUGACCUCGAGCAUCGCGGCGCUCAAGGAAAAGUACCCCUCUUGCGUUGAGAGUGGCGUUACCUUCCGCCUCGGGGCCAAGCUGGAUGCCGAGGACGGCGAAAUUGAUAUUGUCAAGGCCGCUGUCGAAUGUGAGGCCGAAGUCAAGGAGGGCUUUGUCGACGGUGUCAAGAACCUUUUCGGAUUUGGCAAGAAGGACCAGGAGCAGCUGAACGGCGACGAGAGCUCCUCAACUGAAACUGUCAACACAUCCGAAGAGUCGGCCACCAAGUCAGCAACUGAAUCAUCCCAAUCCGCCGAGGCCUCGGGCUCGACUGAGGAGCUGAAGACGGAGGUCAAGAAGCUCGAGACUGUCUCCAUCCCCGUUGAGAUUGUCAUCGAGAUUCUCGGCACGCCGCAGUUGACCAAGGAGCAGACUAAGCAGUCCAAGGACCGAUUGAAGGCCUUCGCAGCCUCUGACUUGGCCCGGUACCUCCGUGAGGAGGCUUUGAACCAGCUCGAGGGCUUCACAUACAAGGUGAGAGACCUGCUCGAGGAUGAGUCUUUCAUUGCCGCCUCGACCGAAGCCGAGCAAACCAGCCUCUCUGAGAAGGCCAGUGCCGCCAGCGAGUGGCUUUACGAUGAGGGCGCCGAUGCUCCCCGAACUGAACUCAAGGCCAGGCUCAAGCAGCUGCAGGACAUUGCAGACCCUGUUCAGAAGCGUGUCACAGAGAGUGGAGCUCGCCCCGCUGCCAUCUCCAAGCUUAGGAGCUCCUUGAAGGAGACCUUCAAGUUCGUCGACACCAUGCGUAAGCAGAUUGACGAGUACGAUGAGUGGCACGCCGCCGCCUCUGCGUCGUCGUCUGCAACUCCCUCAGCCACACCUUCGGGCGACUUUGAUGGCCUCGAAGACGAGGAUACCCCCAAGGACAAGAAGAUGGAGGAUGUCCUGGAGGAGCGUGGCCCCGUCCCUCCCCUCUACAAGCGCGAGGAUCUUGACGAGCUCGCUGCCCUCUCCAAGACCACCGAGGAGUGGAUCAACGAGAACGAGGCCAAGCAGGACAAGCUCGCCGCGACAGCCGACCCUGUCCUCCUUGUCAAGGACGUGACCGCCAAGGUCGAGAGGCUGGAGAAGGCCGGCAAGGAUCUGGCCAUGAAGGGUGUCAAGAACUACAGCAAGGGCAGCAAGAAGGGCAGCAAGGAGAAGCCCAAGGACAAGGGCAAGAAGAAGGGCGGAAAGGGCAAGCCGACCAAGCUCGGUGAUCUAAAGGACAAGGACUUCGGGUCCCUGAGCGCGGAGGAGCUCGAGGAUCUGAUUAAGAACAUGAGCGAGGAGGACUGGGCCAAGGUCCGUAAGGAGGCCGAGGCGCAGCAGAAGCAGGCUGAGGCGAAGCCCAGUGCGGAGCCUCAUGAUGAGCUAUGA